UCAUAGGCACCGUCGGCAUCACCGACAAUCUUUUAUUUGUAAAUUGAGUGUGUGUAUCUUUCAGUGCUUGUUGAAGAAUUCUACGGAUUGCUGUCAGUAUCUAUCAGUAGUUCAACUUGGUUCAGCUAUCUUGCAUCCCUUUAGCAAGCAGCGUCUAAACAAACAUGUCUCAUACCAUACUACUGGUACAGCCUGGCCACAGGCCUGAAACAAGAACAUACUCGGAUUAUGAAAGUGUUAAUGAAUGUAUGGAAGGUGUUUGUAAAAUUUAUGAAGAACAUCUAAAGAGACGAAAUCCAAAUACCCCAACUAUUACGUAUGAUAUCAGUCAGUUGUUCGAUUUUGUCGACCAACUAACGGAUUUAUCAUGUCUCGUAUAUCAAAAGUCAACAAAUACCUAUGCGCCAUAUAAUAAGGAUUGGAUCAAAGAAAAAAUAUACGUAUUAUUGCGCAGAGCUGCAGGACAUAGCGAGUAAACAGUGUAUAAAAAUAGAAAAAAAUGCUUUCCUAUAUAAAAUAUUUAAAAAAAUAAGUCUAUAUAAUUAUUUGUUGCAAUAAACCUAUAAUUUGAAAUUUUAUUUACGUCGAUAUAGGUAGUUGUCAUAUACUUUCCUUUUCGCAUGUAAAAUAUACAUUGAUCACUCUGUAUCAUUCAGGCAUACGUAUAUAGCAUUUAUUAUAUAUAUUUAAAUGUAA